AUGACCGUGGACUCUGCGACAGUCUUUACUAAUCUUGUCUUUUUUGUCGGUGUCCAGGUCCCUGUGCCGUGUGAGGAGAAGGUGGUCCGUCUGGAGGCGCAGAUCCAGGGUCUGAAGAACGUGAUCGACGACCAGCAUCGCUACAUCCAGCAGCUUCACAACAGCCAGGCUCAGCAGCUGCAGCACAUCCCCAACUCACACCUGGGCUCUGAAAACCUCUACAGAGACUGCUCCGAGGUGUUUGCGGACGGUAAUGUGGCCAACGGGCUGUAUGUGAUACGUCCAGACGGCUCUCCCACCGCACUGAGCGUCUACUGUGACAUGAACAACGGAGGAGGAUGGACCGUUUUCCAGAGGAGGAGAGACGGCAAAGAGAGCUUUGACAGAGCAUGGGUGGAGUACAAGCACGGCUUUGGAGACCUCUUCUCCCCUGAUGGAGAAUUCUGGCUCGGCAAUGACCCUCUUCACUAUCUGACCUCACAAGGAAACUACGACCUGCGGAUCGACAUGGAGGACUUUGAGGGGAAACAGCGCUACGCAGAGUACAAGAACUUCAAAGUGGACGAUGAAAAGGACCAGUACCAGUUACAUCUGGGAGAGUACAGUGGGAACGCCGGGGACGCCCUGGGGAAGAAAUGGAUCGGUCCAGGCAUGGGGCCAAGAGGGGUCAAGUUCAGCACCUUCGACCAGCUCAAUGACGGCGACGCCGAAAACGACGCCAGGUGUAUCAGACACAGCAAGGCCGGCUGGUGGUUCAGCAGGUGUGAUUCAGGCAACUUGAACGGCCACUACUACAAAGGACCGUACCAAGCCAUGACCGAUGACGGGGUGGUGUGGUACACAUGGCACGGUUGGUGGUACUCCAUCAAAUCUGUGGUCAUGAUGAUACGAGCCUCUGACCUCGAGAAUACGCCGCCGGUCCUGGCGCCAUUUCUGGAACAACUGGACUCUGGCAAAGCGGCAGAUGACGCCAUUGAUGUUCCUCAUGCUGGAAAAGUCUAAAAGCAAGUGUGAAAGCAACAUGUCUUCUUUUUUACAUGUUUGACUUGAAGGAUAAUUUUACUACUCUUUAACUUGGACUCUAUUUUCUCAUAUUUUUGCAUCUUAGUGAGUAAUGGGGUCGUCUCUCACGAGAUUUGAGAACGAGACCUCUCAAAGAGAGAACUGUACACAGUAACAAACAUGCCAACAAAAAGUAAUUAAAAACAUUUCAUUUCUCAGUCAGACAUUUAUGCUAACAAUCUGAGCCUGUCUGGGAAAACAACCCCCUUUAAUGGAUGUAAAUUGACGCUGCACUAUUCUCUGUCAAUAUUGGACCAGUUUCAAAAAUUGUUGUCUUCAUCAGUCACUUAGACACAAAAAUAUGGCAAAAUAGAGUCCAGGUUGAAAAAUAUUGGCGUUUCCCUUUGGUUCACAUCCAUAACAGGGUGCACACUGGGUAACAUUAGUGCCAUCUCACUCAAGUCUUUACUGUUUGACUCGUUUAAAAAAGUAAACCACUGCAUUUAGUACAACAAUUAAAAUAAAACAAUGUUGCUUUAAUCUAAUGUCAUACUGUAUUUAUUGUGUCGAAAAAAAAAAACACAACAUGGUGAACUGAG